UGCUUAAUGGCCAUACUUUAAUUCUACUUAAAUACUCUUUUCAAUAUUCCCACAACUACUCCAUUCCCAACCCCACAAGUAAUCUUAUAUCACAACUCCCAAAUCCAUAUUCUUUUUAUAUAUUAUAAAUAUACAAGUCUUUAAUUUAUCCAUCCAACAUAAAAGUGCCAAACCCAAAGUCUUAAACAAGCAAUACAACACAACCACAAAGCAAGAAAGCAAAGAGCCAAACCAAAGUUAAAGGUUGUGUCCCAAAAAACUCCUUUUAGCCUAAAUCAAUGGCAGAUGAUGGGGAAAACUUGACCCCAUUUUGGCUACAAAACUCCAACGAUCUCCGCCGUACAGAGCGGCUCCGCCACCGGUUAUCGGAGCUCUUCUUUAACGCCGGUCUCUUGCUCAUCAUUCUAUUAGUAGCAGCAAUUUUCUUCUUAGUUUUCAUAGUUCCUUCUACUCUCUCUUUUACUAGUAAUAUAUUUAGACCAAGCAAUGUAAAGAAAAGCUGGGAUUCUGUUAAUGUAGUGCUAGUUCUAGUUGCUGUGAUUUUUGGUUUUCUCAGCAGAAACAAGAAUGAAGAAAGAAAUCCUAAUGAGUAUCAACAAAUUAGUUCUCCAAUUAACAGAAAUGAAGUUCAGAAAUCGAAUCCAUCAACACCAAAUAGUCGAUGGUUUAACGAAAUUCGAAAUCCAAAUCCAACGACACCACGCACAUGGUUCGAUAAUGUAGACAGGAAUUCCUUUAACAAUAAUGGUGGUGGGCCUGGUUUGAGGAGGAGUUCUAGUUCAUAUCCCGAUUUGACUGAAGUAUCGCCACGGUGGAUCUCCGGUGAAGAUCAUUGGCGAUUCUACGACGAUACUCAUGUUGAUGCUUAUCGAUUUUCCGAUCCAGGUCAGCUUCAUCGCCCUCGUAGCUGGAGAGAUGUUGAUCCUUCUCCUGAACCUGAUAUCAUUAAAACUAUCUAUGAAGAUCAUUUAGAAUCCAUUAAGGUGCCCACAUUUACUCAACCAGCUUCAAUUCCACCGGUGCUAUCACCACCAUCUCCACCCUUACCAGUUCCAGCACCAGUAUAUGAGGAAAAAGUGAUGAGAACAUCUCGUAGUGUUCCGCGUAAAAGUGAGAGAACAACUAAGCAGAGGGAAAAUUAUGAGACCGAAGGAAUUAAAGUUAUUAUGGUACCGGCAACACUUCCUCAACCGCCACCAGCUCCUGCACCAAUAUAUGAGGAGACAGUGAAGAAAGCAUCUCAUAGUGUUCCCCGUAAAAAGGAAAGAAGAAACAGGUCAAGGAGUGUGGAUAAUUUUGAUGCACCGGUGACGUUUUCUCCACCACCACCUCCGCCAUUGCCACAUUACGUGGAGCCAAGGAGCAGUAAAAGUGAUAAGAAAAGAGGUGGUGCAAGUGCUACAAAGGAGUUUAUUAACUCAUUGUAUCACAAAAAGAAGAGAAAAAACAGGUCAAAAAGUGUUGACAAUUUUGAUGCUCUACUACACAAAUCAGAACCUCCACCUCUCCAUUUCCAAUAUCCGGCGACAUCCACUCCUCCACCGCCGCCUCCGCCUCCGCCACCACCACCGCCACCUCCUUCUCUGUUUCAAAACUUAUUCACAUCCAAGAAAACCAGAAGAAAGAAAAAUGCGCCGCCGCCGCCACCACCACCACCGCCCCGUGUCAAGGCGGUGCCGAUCAGGAUAUCAAGACCAAAUGUCCAAAAUGCCCCAAUCACCGGAACUCCAGCACCAGAGCCAGUGAAGGUAAAAAGCUUUGAAAGUGUGGAGGAGAACUCAAACAGCGGAGGAGAAUCGCCAUUGAGACCAAUUCCACCACCGCCGCCGCCGCCACCGUUCUUCAGAAAACAACAUGCCUGGAAAUUCGUAGUAGAAGGCGACUACGUGAGAAUAGACAGCACUGUCAGCUCACGUUCAGGUUCGCCUGAACCUGAAGAUAGUGAUUCCGCCGUCAGCACUCCAACGGAGGAAAACAUUGGCGGCGGUGAACGGACAGCGUUUGCGCCUCCACCGCCAUUGUUCUGUCCAAGCCCGGACGUAAACACAAAAGCUGAAAACUUUAUAUCAAAGUUUAGAGCUGGAUUAAAACUAGAGAAGAUCAACUCCAUCAAGAAAUCUAAUCUGGGUCCAGGAGUAGGCCAGAGUUAGAUAGAAAUCUAUUACUACCUUUUUCAUAUUUUGAUUCUUUUUUUCCACAUUGAUUGAUUUGUUAAAGUUUUAAUCUUUUUUACAUGAUUGAGAUUUGAGGUGUUUUUCACGUUGUACUGCAUAGAGUUUGUGUACAGAAAAUAUAGAGCUUGUCAGAUAAAGAUUACAGUAGAGAGUUUAUCAUACGUUAGAGGGUGGAAUAUGAUUAUUUGAUUUUUUUUUUGUUUUUGGAGUUUGCUGUUGCAUUUGUUCAUGUAGUUGACUAGUGAUUUUGAAUAAUCCAUGAUGAUGUUUGUAUUGAUAAGAGGAAAUAAUAUUCGAUCUUGAUUCUA